UGUCGCCGCCCCUGACCAAAUACACACGCACACACACGCACACACACGCACGGACAAGCGCUCUUACACACAGAGGAAAAGCAGCCGCGGAAAAGGAGCAAACAACCUUCUCUAUCUCUAUCCUGGUCCUGGCCACUUCCAGCACCCAUCCUCCUCUUCCCUGUCCAUCAUUUUAGUGAAAUCAAAGCGCUGAACACGUCCGUUACCUCAGAACCAUCAGAACCUCGGACAGCAUCCAUGGCUCCAAUGAUGCUGGAGGAUGGAACCCAGCCCGUGGCGGUCCCAGCUGGUGUUGCCGUGGUGAGCGUCUUCGGCCUCGUCUUCACCGUGUCGGCCUUUGCGUGGAUCUGCUGCCAGCGCAAAAACACCAAAAGCCAAAAGACGCCCCCGUACAAGUUUGUGCACAUGCUCAAAGGGGUUGACAUCUACCCAGAGAGCCUCAGCGGCAAGAAGAAUUUUGCCGACCCUACCACCGUGCCAGGCAAUGAAGCCAGUAAAACGGACGUGAAUGGGAAUAUGCCGCCCAGCCCCAAGCUGAGCCCAGGCGGAUCCAGGGUGGCCCUGCAUCUAGACCUGGAGAAGCGGGACCUGAAUGGCAACUUCACUACCAAACCCUUCCACCACCACAAGGUGCGCAGCUCCCCCGACCUGGAGCUGUCUUCGCCACACGCCGGUUUCACCCAGUGUGGUGUGACUGACUGCCGGGACCCCCCCUCGCCGUCCAGCACCCUCUCCAGCCAGGCACCCACUCCUGCUGUGGAUAAACCCCAAGUGGAAGAGAGAGAGGGGAGGCUCGGGACACUCCACUUUGCUUUGGAGUACCAACCAGAGAAGAAGGCCUUCAUUGUCCACAUUAAGGAAGCCCAUGGCCUGAGUCCGACUGAUGAGCAGUCGCUGACCUCUGACCCCUAUAUCAAGCUGACGCUUCUGCCAGAGAAGAAGCACCGGGUGAAGACCAGAGUCCUGAGGAAGACUUUGGACCCGAUGUUUGACGAGACCUUCAGCUUCUACGGGAUCCCACUGGCCAGGGUGUCGGAGCUGGCCCUCCAGUUCAUGGUGCUCAGCUUUGACAGGUUCUCCAGGGACGAGAUCAUCGGCGAGACACUGGUGCCGCUAUCGGGAAUCGACCUAUCUGAAGGCCGCGUGCUGAUGAGCCGGGAGAUCAUCAAAAGGAAUAUCAAGAAGUCCUCCGGCCGAGGCGAGCUGCUGCUCUCCUUGUGUUACCAGUCCACCACCAACACUCUGACCGUGGUCGUCCUCAAGGCCCGUCACCUGCCCAAGACUGACAACAACGGACCCACAGAUCCGUAUGUGAAAGUGAACCUGUACCACGGGAAGAAGCGGGUGUGCAAGAAGAAGACCCUCGUGAAGAAGUGCGCCCCCAACCCCGUCUUCAACGAGCUCUUCACCUUUGACCUGCCCUCUGAUGAGGGCCUGAGAGACAACAGUGUGGAGCUGCUGCUGAUGGACUCCGAUGCAGGCAACUCCCGCUGCCCAAAGCGGGUCCUCGGGCGCCUGGUGAUGGGCACGUCGGCGGUGGGCACUGCUGGCGAGCACUGGCGGGAGAUCUGUGAGCACCCACGCCGCCAGAUCGCCAAGUGGCACGCUAUGUCUGAGGAUUAACACGCUGGCUGUCUCGUCUGGUGCAACCAAUAGUGCGACUGAAUGAACGUGGGGAGGAUUUAGCGUCCUGCUUAUCCUGUACCCAUUGGAAGUGAGGGCAAUGAGGGUAGGGGGAGGGGACUAAAGUGAUGUCAUCAAUCAAUCAAUCACUCAUCUUUGAAGUUAUAGGUGUAGAGAAUGGGGGGGACGUGGCUAUCAGGACCCCAUAGAGUUAAAGGAGCCCAAAGACUGUCACCCAAGAUCACCUUGUGACAUCACAACAUCACACACGGCAGGUUGUCAUGGUAACCGUGUGCUUAGACGUCUCUUCAUUUCUUCCUCCUUAUCAAAAGCUGUAAAAAAAAUGUGCAUUAUUUCCAUUUGUUUUACAAGAAUGAACAAAUAUAGAGAUUUGAUUUGUUAUCUUUUUUUUACUCUUCUGGGUGGACUUGAACAUGUUUUGUAAUUAUAAUUGGUAUUCUUACAGUAUAUUGUUAAGUAUAAAGCCUAAAUUAGGUGGUUUGAGUGAGGACUGCAGCAGACCAUGUGUUUUUGUUUUUGAUGCGCCGAAAUUGAGACUGCAAAGGUAAGCGCGCGUGUGUGUGUGUGCGCGCAUUGCAAUGUUUACUGUCUGUGUUGUGUCCCCUCUACUGUGAGCACAAAGAAAUGUAAAUGUAGGUACCCUCAAAUUAAAUAGAGAAGAGAACAAGUUGUGUGAGUGUGUUACUCAUCAUGUUCUUACAAUUUAUUUUGAAACAAAAACAUACUGAAGUAAAGCAUCACAGCUCAUGGAGGCAAACCAAAGAAAGAUGAAUAAUAAAUAACGGACCCCUUCGGGGAUGAUGUCAUCCCAUGCUCUCUGAGACUGAUGAUGUAACGGCUGAGUGGCUCCGGGGUGAAGUCAGCCCGUUUGAAUUUAAUAUUGACUAAAAGCCUCUGUGAGGACGGAACAUUGUUUC